GCCUCAGCGGACAGUGAAACUUCCCGCUGUAGAAAUGGCGGCGUGGGGCAGGUUGUCUCUGAGUUUGAGGAACUUUCUGAGGCGGUCGUGGUCGGUCAGGAAUAUCAGUAUAUACCCCGCUGUGGGCGGGGGGCUCGUGGGCUGUCUGGUAGCGGGUGGUGUUCUCCGGUAUGGGGGAGAGCCGCGCUGGAGCGUGUUCCCCCGGGCUGUGUGCUCUGAGCUGCAGAAGGAUGAAGUGGCUCCAGUCCCUCUGGUCCCCAUGCGGCGUUUGCGUUUUAACCAGUUUGCCUCCGUGAUUUAUGAGGAGGAGCUGUAUAUGACACCCAGAGACUUCCUCUACUCCAUCAUGCUGGAUGAUGUGAAACGUAAAUUUAAAAACAAGCAUCUGACCAAGUCGGAUGUGGAGAAGAUGCUGAACGUGGCUUCUAAAGCAAAGGCUGGAAGCAACCUUUUCAGAGGAAUCGGAGAUGGUGGACUGAUCUCCUACACUGAGUACCUGUUCCUCCUCACCAUUCUCACCAAGCCGCAGACAGGAUUUGACAUCGCUUUCAAAAUGCUUGACAUUGAUGGGAACGAGCAUGUGGACAAAAAGGAGUUUGAGAAGCUGAAGAUGAUCAUCGGACAAAGGAAAGUUUCAAAAGAUGCUGCAGAGAGUGCUGCUGCAGAAGACAGUGAUGAGCCCAGCACCACACUCCAGGCCUUCUUCUUUGGCCGCAAAGGACAGAACAAACUUCAGUACAAAGAGUUCCACAGGUUCAUGGAGGACCUGCAGGCAGAGGUUCAGGAGAUGGAGUUCCUGCAGUUCUCUAAAGGAAUGGACACCAUGAGGAGGGAAGAUUUUGCAGAGUGGCUGCUGUACUACACUAACGAAGAAGACAACGACGUAUAUCUGGAAAACAUGAGGAAAAGAAUACCCACAGGAGAGAGUAUCACCUUUGAGGAGUUUAAAGCUUUCUGUCUCUUUGCCAAUAACCUGGAGGACUUCAUCUUAUCUAUGAAGAUGAUUGCUGAAGCUAACAGGCCAAUCGGAAUGGCUCAGUUUGAGAGAGCUGUGAAAAUCACCACGGGCCAGGAACUCUCCGAGAACGUUCUGGACACAGUAUUCAAAAUCUUCGACCUGGACGGAGACAACUGUCUGAGCCAUAAAGAGUUCAUCGCUGUGAUGAAAGACAGAGUACUGCGGGGUCUGAGGGUUCGAUCCAACCAGGGUGUGUCUGGUUUCUGGAAGUGUGUGAAGAGAGAGACGCUAAAAGGAGCACAGGAGGCUCUCAGCCGCAGUGGCAGCCCCUUCUGAGGGGGCGGGACCAGUGGUACCUUACCCUGCUCUUGUGAAUCUUCCGUUCUGCAGACUUUUAAUCUUUGAUUUGCAGGAAAGUAGAUUUCCUGGACACAGGUUUGGGCAUCUGUGUGUUUUAUAAUAAUAAUAAAAACUAAAAGCGUGUGUUACUGUGACUGCAGCAUGCGCAGACUCACAGAGAGUGAACACCUGUUUAUGUACGAUACAUUUACUUUUGCAGCUUUCUGACUGAAUAUCCACAUGAAAGCACAGAUAUCAUUUCAGUCUAAAAUGUUUACACAGAUCUCAGUUCAUUACUUGCACAGCGGUACACUGAAUAGUUGUUUAGGGAUUGUGGCCUUAUGCUGAUAUCUUGUUUUUUUCCACACUUCAAAAAGUGAAAAUAUCUUAAAUCUGGUCAAUGUAGGUGAAAGUUCUUAUUUUGUAUGAUGUAGGAACAUUAAACUGUAAUUUAGGAUAUUUUUUUAUUUUACCUUUUUGACAUAUUGAUUGUUUGAGCUAACUGAUAUCUAAAAAUAUGUUGAAGCAUUAGAUACAUUGACAAUAUUUAGUAGGAUAUGAAAUCACAUUCAGUUGUACUACUACCUGGACCAGAAUUUUAGAGAAAUAUAUAACUUUUUUUUGUUAAGUAAAUUGAAUAAAAUGCAUAUAUUUCAGCAUUGCCUAAAUACAUAAUUAAAUAUUGAUGUUAAUCCUGAUUUAGGCAGUUAUCUGCUGAUGAUUCAGAUAACUUGGUAAAUCCAUGAAUCUUUUAUAUAAAGAAAAUGUUUGUAUGGUAUCUUGCAUCACUCCUUUUGCUACAGGUUACUAACAGGGGCACUUUACUUGAUAAUUUUUAAAUAUAUUGUUUGGCUGUGAGGCAUUAAUAGUUUGGUAAUAAUUGAGGGUGAUAUGCUUGGCUUGCAUGGAGAGGUCUUGGGUGUGGUUUUGUUUACACGUUCCUUUAUUUAUUUAUAUAUAUAUAUAUAUAUAUAUAUAUAUAUAUAUAUAUAUAUAUAUAUAUAUAUAUAUAUAUAUAUAUAUAUAUUGGGUGAUGCUUUGGUGAUUUACACUCCACUGUGAAGAGUAUUACUAAUGUGAUGCUUUUAGGUGAUAAUUCCUGUGGAUUUUCUGCACAAACUGCUUUUAUACAUAAACUCCUUGUCCUGGAGCUGUUAUUUGAGGCUUGUUUACUUAUAGAUUGUUUACAAAAGACUGUAUGUGUGUAGCCUUGCUGUGAACAUGGUUUUAGACCAUUUGUAUAACAAAGGGAAAAUUAAAUUUUUCCGGAUUUGUGCCGUAUGUAUUUAUUGCAAUUUGGAUUAAUGCAAUGUUAAUAGUCACUUAGAGUGAAUUGGUGUAAAAUACUCCAUUGUAGAAAAAAAACAUACCGGGACCUAGUCAGAAUAGUGUACAAUGGAUCCAGGCAUGAAAUUGGGAAAGCUUUGAGAAGCUUUGGAACCAUGGUAGAGGGUUAUUUGCAGGAUAUUUCGAGGCAAAAUAUUUCCCAAAGAACUAAAUUAUUUACUUAUUACAUAUACAACUCCACAAUGAACUGUUUUAUAUCAAACUCUACUCUAAAUAAUUGUUUAUAUCUGUGCUACUGAAAUUUAAAAAAAAUGGAAAAUGGAAAAUGUGAUUUUUUUUAAACAUUUAUAUUUUUCAGUUGGAGUUUGCUUGAUAGCUUAAGUUGGCUAACAGCAUAACAAGACUAGAAUUGAUGUGCUGCAUCAUACACACAAACACAAAAAUGUGUUUUAUCAAGGGUUCAUUUUGAUGUGAUUUGAAUGUGGUUGUUUUCACAUGCAUUUUUGUAUUUGUUUGUUCUAUAUACAAAUUAUUUUUUAAUUUAAUCUAUUUUACAGGUGUGCUGUUUGGGACUGUCAUUUAAUCUGCUUUUCUUGUUGGUGCUGUUUUUUUCUGUGGGAACCAGAUAAGGAUUUAUUUUGUUCAAUAAAAAUAAAGUUUUCAAACUUAA